AUGGCAUUCUUGAAUGCAACGCGUGAUGGAUUUGAAUGGCAUGCGGAGGUGUCGACCCCCAUGCACGUGUCGCUCGGUGGCGAGCUCAUUAACGCUUUGUUCGUUGACGACCAAACUGACGGCCUUAACAGUCUCAUUGUACUCACGAGAGUCUCCGCGACAUCUGUGGCAUUGCUGUAUGUAGACGUGAACGAGGAAGAGGUUAUCAUCACGCGCCACCACACGCACACCCUUCCGUUGACGUGGACCGAUGCAUCGGUUGUGGCAGAGAUCAUGGACGGGCCCCAUGUGUGGCUGGCAUGUCCCUCGCAAUCCGAGUCCCAAUUGCUGACGGUCCAAAGAAACGAACUGCAUGUGUUGUACUUGAUCCUUCCCCAGCCCUAUGCAUUUCAAUCCGCGCACUUGAUUGCGAAUGCCGCGGUGGACCCGACUACUACUCCCUCCACCAGCCUGGACUUGCAUCUUCUCGUCCAUUCCACAGAAAACGAGGCCACCACCCAUCAUUGGGACACAGUACCCCUACCUCGACCUCCCAUGUCAGCACCACCUCGCCACCUCCCUUCGAAACGGCCAUCGCCGCCUGUUCCACCAAGCCCGCCGUCGCCUCCGAAACGGUACUUGCCAUCGCAUUUGGCCAUCUCGUGCGUGUACGUCGAUCAGGCCGAGCCGUCUUCGCCCUCCCAUCGCCUCCUCCUUGGCACCACCGCGCCAUCCCUCGUUGAACUCGUACACGAGUGCGUGGUGGCAACGUUGCUCCUACCUGGCACUCCUCUGCACAUACAACACGCCAAUGUGAAUCUCGAUGCUGCGAUCGAGCAUACCCCCAACAACCACUCGGACGUGUACGUUGUCACAUGCAGCAACCACGCGGUGCUCCUGGUCACAGCGUCGCACUCCACCCUGUCCAUCGUUCAACAUUUUUCCAACGUUCACGGCGCCAUUCUCAACGACUUUGCAUGCGACGGAGGGGACCAAGUCCUGCUCGUGACUCACAAGCCAGAGGACGAACGGCGGUGGGUCCUCACGGACGUCAUGUCGACGGUCGUUCAGGCGUCGGCGGCCAAUGGCGGCGGCAUCACUCAACACCGGAGCAAGAAAUCUAGGCGGAAGACGGCGCACGCCGACGACAACUCGAUUCAAGUGCUGGUUAACAAACUGGCGGCGCCCGCCCAAGCCGACAAGUUGAACACGAUUCAAACGGCGUUGGCGCUGCGGGCCAACGAAGCGCACGCCACAGUCGCGGGUCACCAGGCCAUGCUCAACGUCAAGAUGAACGUGUUAAGUAUGCUGGAACACCAGUGCCGACUGCUCUGGCUUGCACACAACAGUCGCCACACAGUACCAGACCACGUCAUCGAUCACGAAACCCCUAGACUCCCCACGUUGCUACCACUCGUCCACCCAUUGGACUCUUCCAUCCCCCAACACAAGCCACAGGUUCCUCCUCUUCUCGUGCAUCCGAUGGUGUUGGAGUCCGUCGUCCCUGGAAGUGUCCAGCACUCGCCAUCCAACUCGACACUGCAUUUGGUCGUCACCGUACGCAACGCCUCCACCACACUGUUAGAAAACGUCUCGGUGCUGCUGGCGGGUUCCAACUCAGAACUUGCCGCGACGACGACGACGACGAUGGGGGGCAGCGAUGUGUUGGCCUUGCUGGGUCCGCAUGCCCGGCACGCGUUCAAGUGCCACGUGGCGCUCGCCCCGGGCCUCCACCGGCGCCCCCACGUCGAUUUGCAUGUGCUGGGGACAUGGGGGGGCCAACCCGACUGCCUGCUGUUUGACGGAGGACGCGUCCGCGUUGAUAUCGCAGACAUCCUCACGUUGCCGUGUGUCCGCGCCCCCCAUCUCGCCUCGUGCGAGUUGUUGCUGGUGACAAGGUCGUGCCAGUUGGACCAGUGGCUGCCCCCUCGAGCUGCCAAGUUGGGCCUCACCAUCCACGCGAUCAAAGCCGGCAUGGCCGCAGUCACCGUGUCGGCACCGAACGCGGGUAUGUUGGAGUGCCAGCUCCGUCAGGUUCAUUCGGAACUAACCCCCCACGACAUCUUUGCCCUCGAGAAUCCUCUGCAUCCGACCCACAUCCAGUUGAUUCAAGCAGUUCUGUCAGCCAUGCAAACUGAACUCGCGUUCGAGUCGACGACGCAGCCAACGCCCGACGGCCGCGCCAGUGUCCAACUGGCGCUGGAUCGAGCGAUGGGUGACUUGCACCUCGCCAUGAAGCGCCGGUCCGACCGGCUGCAACGGGGGUAGUAGUUGUAGUAGCUCGUUGACAAUCAUAUCCAAAAUGAAUACAAUUUAUAUU